CAAUCACCAAACGUGUGUAUUGCUGAACAUACGUGAUACCAUCCAGGAAACCAUUGGAUCUUGAUAACUACUGAGAUGGCGGGUGACGACAGAAAGCGCCCAGCAGAGAGCCACGCUCCCAGUUCACGCCGACCAUUCCCAUGCGAUGAAUGUCCGAAAACAUUCACCAGGAAUGAAAAUCUGCGACGGCACAAGCGCGCUCGUCAUCAUCGUGCCCUGAGUCAUGAUUUCGAAUGCGAUGGCUGUCAUGCGGUUUUUACUAGAAGUGACGUAUUAAGAAGGCACCGGGGUCGUUGCCAGGCAGAAGCAUCUGCUAAUCAUGUAUCUCCGCCGCAAAUAAGCCUGCAGCAGAGAUGUCAGCCAGUCGUUGACACGACCCCACUUGUAGCUGCGACCAAUAUUUUGACCCCGACCGAGGCGCUGACCGCAAAUGCUAUACCUCAUGAUGACUUCUGGGAGGAACAUAGCUCCUUUGCUACCAGUCUUCCUCGAGAAUACAUACUGUCCUCGCCAAUCUUCACUGAUCGGGGCGACUAUGACAUGGAAGUAAAUGUCAAGAAUUACUUUGAGCAUUUUCAUCCGUCUCUGCCAUUGUUGCAUCGGCCUACAUUUACGGUAUCAUCGGCACCAAAGCUAUUGCUCAAAGCUGUGACUGUGAUAGGCAGCUUGUGCUCGACAGUUGUAUGCAGCGAUGAAGAAGCCCAAGCCCGUGCGCACUGGCGUCGGGAUACGUGGCAAAGUGGACAACACGAACUUCGAAAUAUGAUUUCCAAUCAAUGCGGUAACAUACGAAAACCCUGGGUGAUGCAAGCCUGGAUACUAUACAUGAUACAUGGGGUCUAUACAGGAGAAGCAUCCCAAUUCCGGACAGCACGGGACAUGCUGCGACAAAUUGUUGAUGCUGUACGCGAGGUUGGUCUCUCUCAUCAAGAGAUCGUCAUGCCAGAGUCACGGUCCUGGCUGUAUGACAUUGACUAUCCGCGCACAGAGCAACCGCAAACCGUGUAUACUCGAUGGACCUCUUAUAUAACUGCAGAGUCCACGCGAAUAGCGCUCUACACGCUGCUCUUCCUGGACUCACACGUUUUCGUACCCUGCAAUUCCCGGCCAUUGAUGUCUUCAAUGGAACUACGAUGGGAGCUUCCUUUCCCAACCAAACUCUGGGAGGCUAAAGACCCUGAAAUAUGGAUUCGGAGGUUUAGCGAAUACUUCGGUGUCUCUGCUUUGACGUUAACCAACGAUCUACUCCAUCAGCCUCGCGGAUUAGCAGCAGCUUCCUUGACAAUGGCGACGCAGCAACUCAUGACCGAAGCUCCCGGAACCGAGUUAACCUCUGUCCUUGAAGCAUCUCCGAUCGCAGCAUUUUACGUGCUGGCAAAUCUAGAUACUUUGGUGCGGGACUUCACACGGUGCUACUACCAAAUGCCACCCAGCUUUUCUGACCCGAACCCCUUCCACAUUCUGACUCAAAGUCAAACCAAGAGUGUUCAUAUGGCCAUACGUAACAUUGGGAAAAUUGUGAAAGACGCGGCUAGCACGAGUGACAGUUCUCAAUUCCUUCAAUGGAGAGCAAACGAGCUCUUUAUUGUAUCCCUUCAAGUCAAUUUGUGUCGGCCUGAUCAGCUACUGAUCGGAGGCAUCGUUGAUAAUAGCUUGAUUGCCGGCCUGGCUGCCUCAACCCAUCUGAUGCGAGGUAACUUCGUCGCUGUCCGACGAUCUGCGCCUUGGGUGGCACCUCGACCUGGCGGCAAUGAAGGUGUGCUGGCCUUACUUAGUGAGCUUUCUGCUGCACUCGCCAGCAUAUACGGCGAUGACCCGCAAAGGGUUUCUUAUGAAGCACCGUGGGUCACAGUUACCAGCUACGGAAUCCUUCUGUGUAUUUGGGGAGCGCUCAGGCGUGCAACAACCGAGAUCCGCGACCACUUGAAUACAUUCAACGAACUCCCACGGACAUCCGAGCCAUGUAUGCUGAUCUUCAACGCACUCUUGGAAGCCGCCUUGCAGUACUCCCCGGCCACUAGACAAGACCGGGGGAAUCGCGAUCCACGUUUGUGGUCUACGGACCGGGAAGCCGUUUCUACUCUGCUAGAGGAAGGGCAGGUGUUAUUUGCAGACCUAGUCAAGUCGUUCUGUCAGCAGCGACUUGUGUGGAGUCUUGGGUCGUCUAUGUUGGCUGUACUGAGAGAACUCCCCGACAACGCUACAUAGUCGUGGACAUGUGGAGCUCCACUUGGCCAACACGCUUGCCGCGUCAUACCCCGCUUUGGCUAUCUGCGCGGCCGCCUUCUGGCCAGGGCUCAUUUAAGACAACCGCGCGGACUCGGUGCAUCUCCCGCACAAUCUCUCGGAAGUUCUUUCGACGACCGAUAUUUAAAAC